AAUGUGACGUGGCGGAGCAGAAUAUUUCAAUAAUUCUAAAUGGCAUCGAAUCGGAAUUGAAAUUCUCGACGGGCCAGCAGGAUAACAAGGAGGAACUGGAAAAGGCUGAUGCUUUUCUUGUAAUCUACUCUUGCAUUGACAAGGAGUCAUUCACACGCGCCAAACAUAUUCUCUCACGACUGCAGGACAUGGAUUUGACACGUACUCGUCCGAUUAUUUUGGUGGCGAAUAAAAUUGAUUUAGCCCGCUCACGUGCGGUCUCCUCGCAAGAUGGCAAAUGUGUCGCUUGCACUUUUGGCGCCAAAUUCAUUGAAGUUUCGGCUGGCAUCAAUCACAAUUGCGACGACUUACUGGCUGGCACUUUGACACAAAUUCGUCUCAAAAAGGAUCAAAAUUUACUGCAAAAUCCAGAUGGUACUUUACGUACAACCAAUAAAAAAUCCAAAGAAAAGCACAAAGAUAAAGAUAAUAAAUAUAAAGAAAGAGAAAAAGUUAUUGACAAUGCUUUAGAGCAUAAUGGCGCUGAUUGUGUAAAUGAGAAAAACUCUGAAAAUUUGGGCAAUCGAGAUGGCGCCUCCUCGCCAGCGCAUUGGUAUAAGAGUCGUAGCGUUGUGUUGGCCAGCAUGAAAGCACGCCAAAUGCUCACCUGGAUACUGGGUAAAGAGGAUUCGAAAUUUAAACAUUGCGAGAAUUUGCAAGUACUCUAAAGAGUAGCAGCGCGAAUGGUAUGCGGAGAAAUAAAUAUUAUCGGACUGGCAGAGAAAUGUAAUUAAGCCGUAUGUACUUAGCUAUGCAUCUACAUAUGUAUGUAUAAUGAAAAUAAGCGAAACGAAGUAGUAUGUGGGUGUAGAUAAAGUACUUCGUAAUAAUAGAUGUAUCUAACGUAUAUGUAAUAUACCAUUUAACUACUUUAAUUAUAUACAUAUGUACAUAUGUGUGUAUGUAUGUAUGUGUAUUUCUAUAUUGGGUUAAGUGUAUUAAGUACUAAAACUUACUUGAAAGUCUCUAGGUUAGGUGUGACAUGAAUCAAUAUUCUUAUACCGAUUGUAGGUAGAUUACCCUUAGAUAUAGUUAUGUAGAUAUGUUGUAUAUAAUUGUAAAAAAAAAAAAAAAUUCUUAAAGUGUCAUAGUUUUACAACGAUGCAAUAGCAUUGUAUACAUAUUAUGUAUAGUUUAGCGGCUACUUAAGUGCUGCUAAGCUAUUGUAUCUACAUACCUAUGUAUAUCCGUGGUGAUACAUUUUUUGAACUCAAAAUC